AUGGAAAAGAGUUCAUGGGACAAAUAUCGUAUGUUAUUACUACUUGUGACAGCAUAUGUAGUAAUGUGUAUCACAGUGAUCAUUGGCUUUACCGGUCAAUUUUUUUAUUGGUUAAUCUUCGAUGUAUGCAAUUUUAAUAAAGAACGAUCAAAUCGAAAACUUAAUGUUACAAAAAGUUCAAAACAAAAUGAAUAUUAUACUCUUAUUGUUGGUUCUGGCUUUUCAGGUUUAGGCGUGGCUAUUAAAUUAAGAGAAUUAGGUACAGAUAAUUUUAUUAUUAUCGAACGUAAUGCUCAUAUUGGUGGUACAUGGUAUGCAAACACAUAUCCGGGAUGUACAUGUGAUGUUCCAUCAAAUCUUUAUUCAUUCUCAUUUGAACCUAAUCCAAACUGGUCUCAUUUUUUUGGUCGACAACCUGAAAUAGGUCAAUAUCUUGAGCAUUGUACUGAUAAAUACGAUAUUCGUCGACACAUUAAAUUUAAUACAACAGUUACAGAAAUGAAAUGGCUAGAUGAUAAACAAUUAUGGGAAGUCAUAACACAAUCAAAUGGUGAAGAAAAUCAUAUUUAUGCAAAAUUUAUAAUGUCUUGUCACGGUCCAUUAUCAAAUGCAUCAUUUCCAAAAGAUAUACCUGGUAUAGAUAAAUUUGAAGGUAGAAUGUGUCAUACAGCCGAAUGGGAUAAGACACUUGAAUUUGAGAAUAAGCGUGUAGCAGUGAUUGGAACGGGCGCUAGUGCUAUUCAAGCUGUACCUGAACUUCAAAAGACUGGUGUUAAACAGUUACUUGUUUUUCAACGUACUCCAGGUUGGGUUGUUCCACGAGCUGAUCGAGUAAUAGGUGAAUGGGAAAAAAAGCUAUAUAGAAAAUUUCCAAUUGUUCAAAAAUUAGUUCGAGGUUUAAUUUAUUGGAUUCGUGAAACUACUGUUCUUUCUUUUACUUAUCGUUUGCCUGUUCGUUUUCUUUAUCAAAAUCUGAUAAAAUUUAAUCUUAGAAUGCAUGUAAAAGAUGAAGAAUUGAGAAAGAAAUUAACACCACCAUUUGAUUUUGGAUGUAAACGAGCACUUGUUACUAAUGACUGGUAUCCAGCAAUACAAAAACCGAAUGUAAAAUUAGUUACAAAUCGUAUUAAAGAAAUCAAAUCUGAUUGUAUUGUUACGUAUGAUGGUGAUGAAUAUCCAGUAGAUAUUAUUAUAUGGUCAACUGGAUAUAUGGUUCAAACAUUUCCAAUGCCCGUAUACGGAGUGAAUGGUAAAUCAUUAACAGAAGAAUGGUCUGAAAGUAUAAGUGCAUACCGUGGAGUAACAGUACCAAAUUUUCCAAAUUUUUUUGUUCUUGUUGGUCCAAAUACCGGUCUUGGUCAUAAUUCAAUCAUAGUCAUGAUCGAAGCACAAAUACAAUACAUUACCCAAGCUCUUUUAUAUAUGAAUGAGAACAAUGCACAAUCUCUUGAUGUGAAACAAGAUGUAAACAAUCGUUAUAAUGACAAUAUACAAUCAAAAUUGAUGAAAACAGUUUGGCAAAGUGGUGGUUGUCGUUCAUGGUAUCAAAAUGCUAACGGAAGAAAUACAGCGAUUUGGCCAGGUUUUACAUGGGUUUAUAUAUUGCUUAUGAAGAAUUUUGAUUCUAAGAGUUAUAAUAUUCAAUAA